GCGGCGCGACGAAUCCGACGUCAUUUCAUCUCGACUCACAACAAACCUCCUUGCUGUUUCUCCACCAUCACCGUCGCCAUGGGGAUAUGGCAGACUCUCGUCAAGAUGGGCGUCGCCCAACCCGGACCCCGGAUCACGGCGCAAGACCGCGCCAUCCUCGAGUACGCUGCACCUCCUCUCCCGCUCACACCAGCCUCAAGCUCCAGCGCGAUAAACUGAAGCAGUACCAGCGCCGCCUCCAAGCCGUGCUGGACCGUGAGCGCGAGAUCGCGAAGGCGGCGCUGGCGAAGGGCGACAAACGCCGCGCCCUCCUUGCCCUCCGCCAACGCAAGUAUCAAGAACAAACACUACUUCGGACAGACCAACAGCUCGCGACACUGCAGGAGUUGGUCGCGUCCAUCGAGUUCACACAAAUCCAAGCCGCGGUAGUCCACGGCCUGGAGCAGGGCAGCGCGGCGCUCAAAGCCCUCCAAGCCGAAGUCAGCCUCGAGCGCGUCGAACGCAUCAUGGACGAGAGCCGGGAAGGCGUCGCGUACCAGCGCGAAAUUGACGAGGCGCUCGCGUCGCACAUGAGCCCCGAGGAGGAGGAGGAGGUGCUGCGCGAACUGGAUGCGCUGCAGCGCGAACAGAUGCCCGCGAUACCGGAUGUGCCGGCGGACGAGCCUGUGCACCUGCCGGAUGCGCCGACGAAGAUUCCUGCCGAGGCGGAAGGCGAGAUGGACGGCGAGGGCGUGGGCGAGGGCGAAGGCAGAGUGGCGCAGAAAGCUGCGGAGAAGCCGGAGCGCGUCAUGUUGGCGGCGUAGUUGCGCGUUUGCCGCCGCGGCGAGUGCGCGUUUGUACGGGCACAGAGGGUAUCCGAUGCAUGUCAUGUAUAGUCUCCUCGGCCCACCCAACCACCCACUUCUCCUAGUAUACACGUGCAUCUACUCACAUACAGUCUAGUCUGGGGAUCAGCACCAACGGAGUGGAACGCCCAGCUCAUGCUCAUACCCGUGGUGUGGUCUCGCCCGCUUUGUCCCUCGUCCUCGCUCUGUACUUCGAAUGACUGUGGGUGAACGUGUGACCAUAGGGCGGGUGACCUGCCGCGCCAAGCGCACGAUCACUCCUCAUCGAGCGGCCGCGCAAACUUGUGCUUGCCCAUCUUGUCAAAGUCCUUCAUCCCGUGUCCCGAGUUGAAUACGCCGACGCGGGCUGGUGUGAGCUCUCCCGCAGCG